GAGAGUGGCAAGAGUGUUAUGCGCGGGGAAAAAAAAGAAGGAGGAGGCGGGUGGAGGCGUGUUCUUUGUGUCGUGAAGCCCGUGUUAAUCUGCUGUGGCAUCCACUCAGAGACGAGCCUUACAUCCGAGAACCAGCGUUGCCGUGAGGUGCCCACACGCAAGUGCGUCCUUCCAAAACAACAACAACCAAAAGAAGAAGAUCAAUUCCUAAGAGUGCAUGAUUGAUUCAAGAUUUCAGGAGCUUUUCUUUUGUUUGUUUUUCUUUUUUGUGCAGGACUUGGAUUGAAGUUUUGGAAGGAGGUUUUUCUCAGGUGAUAUUAUUGUGCACGUUUAACAUGCACAGAUGAAGAAGAGAGCAUCUAUCGGGCUGGAGUUGCAUGCUGAAGGUGCUGAAGGUUGUAGCGUCGACUCCUGAUUUUAUGCACAGGAAUACAACUUUUGCGAACUGUAGCAUCACUUUGCAAUGGCCCGAGUCUUUCCGGGUGGCACUGCAGAAGGGAUCUCUGGAUAUCAGUUGGGUUUUUGGUCCCAGGGUCUCUAAAUGGAUCUAUCUGAUUUGGUUGGCGCAGUAGCCUGCAGGGACGAAGUUCUUCUAAUGCCCUGCUGGAAUGCCUGUGAGCAAUGAUUAGCUCUAAAGAGGAGGAUUCGCUAAUGUUUAUGCAGUAUGUGGAAGACUGUGGACUAAGAGCAUAUAACAGAUUGGUCACGCAUAACAUCGACCAAGUGUGGAAUGAGAAAAGCAAGAUUAACUUUCAGGAGAAAAACGACAAGAAGCGAAAGCAGGAAGAAGCCAUUAAAAGGGGGGAAGAAGUGGUCACUGAGGGCAAGCACCUGCGAAUGGGCUCAAUGAGCAUGCCGGCCCCUGCGGAGCACAUGUCCCCUCACCAGCACCAGCACCCCUGUAACCCGGGCUUCAGCGUCCGCUCCCAGUCCCUGCACUCGGUGGGAGGGUUGGAAGAGGAGGGAAGCCCCACAUCCCGUAAGCAGCCCCCACCCAAACCCCGGCGGGACCCCAGCACAAAACUCAGCAUCUCCUCUGAAGCGGUGGACAUCAGUCCCACUUACUGUAAAGGCGAUGAAUCAGAGAGGUGUGAUGGAACACAAGGUUGCAGUGAGGACUGCAGGAAAGUUCCCCCACCGAAACCUAAGAGGAAUCCCAACACACAACUGAGCACUUCCUUCGAUGAAUCUUACAUCCGCAGUAAUGGUUCAAAAGGUUCGACCACAAUGCUUUUCUCAAGAGAUGGCCAAACGCCUUCUCCUCAGCCACAGGACUUGGAUGAACCUGUCUACAUUGAGAUGUCAGGGAAUGUGGGCCAGGAAGCCACCCCUCGUACUGAGGAGGAUGAGCCAGGCGAGGCUGUCUAUGAAGAGAUGAAGUAUCCUGCACUUGACGAGUAUGACUCGCGUUGGGAUCUUGUGAACUGUCGAUCACUGUGUGUCACACCUUGCCCAAGUGAAUCUGAAAUCUAUACCCCUCUGAGCCGUUGUACCACCCCUAGAGGAGUGCCCCUCUGUGAUAUCCCUGCCCCUUUCCCUAACCUGCUGUCUCACAGGCCCCCUUUACUGGUUUUCCCUCCAGCCCCAGCUCAGUGUUCUCCCAACUCGGACGAGUCCCCGCUUACCCCACUUGACGUAGCAAAGCUUCCUAUGUUUGAGAAUGGCUCUUUUGGCAAGUCCCCAACGUCAUCUUCUUUGGAACCCUCCGGCUCGGCCUCGACGUCGCACAUGAGGCGUGCUGAAAGGGAGCUAACAGCAACUCCUACAAUAACAGCAUCUGGACGUUCGUCCGCACCACCAUUGCCCUGUGCCCUCUAUAAAAGUUCCUCCUCUUCAUACAGUUACCAGCGCAGCCACUCGGCCUGCCCCUCACCAGUCAGUAUGGGCCGCUGCCUGACGCCCCUCAGCCUCAUGCGCUCACCACCUAUUGAUGGACCAUUUUCUGCAUCAGGCCUUCCUCGCAGCGCCUCCGCCACACCUCACGGAAAGGCGUCUCCACCGCAGGACGCAAGCUCAGGGGGACGCCAUCAUGGCUCCAUGCAGAACGUCUCAGUGGCUCGCUCACGGACGCCCACCAGCCCAUUGGAUGAACUCACCAACCUCUUCACCACUGGCAGGAACAUGCUGAAGAAGAAUACCAGUGGCAGAAAGAGCAAGGAACCAGGAGAAAAUGAAUCCAAGGGAAAGAGUCACAGUUCUGAGUCCAAACGAGAGCACAAGGAGAGAAGCCAUCACAGCAAGGAAUCCAAGCGAGAUAAAGACCGUAGCAGCAAGUCCUCUCAUCGCCGGGAGGGCAAAGACAAAGAACCAAAUGGCACUGAAGCCUCAUCUCGGCAUGACUGCAGGGACUGUGGCUUCAACACUACUGAUCCGUUAGCCAGAAGAGACAGCAAGGACAGAGGUUGUAAUGGACCAGAGUUGCCUCCUCGGCAAGAGAGCCAAGAUCGAGGCUGUAGCACUGAGGCACUGCCUCGACGGGAUAGCAAAGACAGAGGCUGUAACAGUGCAGAACCCAUCAUCAGAAGGGAUAGCAAAGACAGGAGCUGCAGCGGUGCAGAAUUGACCACUAGACGGGACAGCAAAGACAGGAGCAGCAAUGGUGCAGAACCGAUCAUAAGACGGGACAGUAAAGACAGGAGCUGCAACGGUGCAGAACCGAUCACAAGACGGGAUAGUAAAGAUAGGAGCUGCAAUGGUGCAGAACCGAUCACAAGAUGGGACAGCAAAGACAGGAGCAGCAACGGCACAGAUCCGAUCAUCAGACGGGACAGUAAAGACAGAGGCUGUAUAGGACCAGAACUCUUGGCCAGACAAGAUAGUAAGGAACUGCUAAGAAAUGGUCUAGAGACCAGGCGGGACAGCAGAGAGAAAGCUUGCUAUGGGAUAGAACUUCCUCCCAGACAUGAAAAUAAGGACCUGGGCAGAACAGGCUUGGAGAGUCGGCGAAACAGUAAAGAAGGUUCCAAGCAUAGCACAGAAUCUGUUCAGGACAAGGAGAAAAGCAACCACAGUGCAGAGAGCUGGUGGGGGAGCAAGGAAAGGAUCAGCAAUGGCAAUGAUGUCAGGCGAGAAUGCAAAGAUAAAGGAGUACGCACAAGUGAUCCAAAAGAUAGAAGCAACUGUAGCACAGAAUCACCCAAAGCACAGGACAAAAGGUCUGGAUCUUCAGCCAUGGUGGCUUCAAGUUGGUCUGCUGGAAGAUCCUCCAUGAGUCCAAAUAAUGUGCUGGGAAACUCGGACCUGAAGAUGGUUCUAAAGGAAGGACGGCCUUCCUCGACACCAGUAGCAUCAUCACCAAAAGGCACACCUCAAAGACAGCCUCCUGAUGUCCAGCAGAUGCCCCCCAUGCCAUGGUUAUGCGGCGAUAGCACAAUGCUGGAGAUGAUAGAAAAGAAACAACGCCUCUGUCGAGAGAUACGCUCCCGUCAGCGACUUCCUGACUGCAGUCCAUGCAAGAAAGAGAGCCUGCCUAUCAUGCCCAGCUGGAAGAAAACAAACGGCCUGAAGAAGUACAGCCCCCCUCCAUACCCCACUCAGACCACAGUCUUCUGGGACACAGCUAUUUGACUCUCGAGAGUGCUUCGGGACCACGCUUUGCCUUUUAUUAUCAGGCAGAGUCGAGUGUGCUUCCUCCAGAAGACGAGUGUGUGGGGUUAUAAUAGCAAUAUUUCAGAGGUUGCAGUUUAUGGGUUUUCAUAUCAUUGUUGAUAGCUAAUAUUUUUAUACUCAAUGUGACUCUAUGACCUAGCAUCUAUAGAUAUUUUCUAAAUGAAAUGAAAUAUCUUUGUAAAGAUUAUGUAGGGUUAGUCCAAUGCAAUUGCUGUUUUUCUACCUUUAAUUUAUUUCGUUUUUUUUUUAAACAUCACAGCACAGUACCUUUUCAUCAGUAGCUUUGACUUGCCUUUUUUGUCAUAUUUUACCACACUGAAUGAAGUCUAAUUUAACAUUGGAUGUUAUGACGAUUUGACCAGGGCUAGCUUACUCAUCUGCUGCCUUUCCGCAUAUUAUUGGAUACUUUAAUUGAAUGUCUAAUGUUAAGAACAGAUGAAAGUCCUUCUUAAAGGAUCUCAUUGCUAUUAACCACAUUCUUCUUUAGUUUCUGUAGUCAUUUACAGUAAGUGGUAGGUUUCAGAGAACACGACUUACUCUAAGGUCAGGUCAAUGCACAUAGAAUAAGGGUAACAGU